AUGCUGGCCUUGUUGUUGCUGCUAUUGAUGUCCUUGUUGUUGUCUCGUUGCUGGUUUGCAAAGAAAGACGAAUGUUUGUUGAAACAUAGAAAACUUGGGUCCAGGUUCACCUGUGCUUGGGGCCUUGUUUCCUGGGAACUCCGCUCGAGGGAAGGCAAAAGACGGCGUUGUCCUGUGUGUGGUUUUUGCCUCCCGAGUCAUUUGGAGAUGAUUACCCAGAUACCGUCGCAAUGCAUCGAUGCGGGUAUGCCACGUCGUGCUCAUGCGGUGCUCUUCAGACAUCCUUUUAGCGGCCAGGUGUCGUGUCGCUCCUUCCCGUAA